AUGCAAAAGUUUAAUUAUUCAUUAGUAUUUAUAUCUUUAAUUUUUUUAUGUAAACUUGUUUCUUCACAACCAGAAACAAUUAUUUUAAACCCAAACAAUGUUCAAUAUACAAUGCCAUGUGGUAAUACUACAGACAAUGCUUGUCCUGAUAUUGCUAGUGCUCUCAACUCUACAAGUUCCGCCAAUGUAAUAUUGAAUUUGGGAAAUUACACAUACACUGGUCCAAACAACACCUUUAUCAAUCUGAUAAAUAUAACUGUUACGAUCCAAGGAAAUCAAAAUGGAUAUGCUACCAUCAAUAUGGCCAACAAUAGUUACUUCAUUUCAAUGUUGGACAAUCAACAAAGUAAUGGUAAUGUUAGUCUAACAUUACAAUAUCUAAAUAUUGUCAAUGGCUCAGGUUUCCAUGGAAUGAUGGGUGGUGUUAUCUAUAUUAGUACCAGUUUCUCCAACUCAAUCUUGAUACUUGACAAUGUCAUUGCUACCAACAACAAUGCUUAUUAUGGUGGUGUCGUUUAUCUAAAAACAUCUCAACCAUCUUAUAUUACCAUUUCCAACUCAACAUUCAGAAAUAACUCUGCAAAUUUCGGUGCCGUUUUCUAUACAGACAAUUAUAGUCAAACAAAUAUUUCAAACACGAAUAUCAUUGGAAAUCAGGCUGAAUAUGGAAUUAUUUUCGUAACGAACGGAACUAUUUCAUUCAAUAAUGUUUUAGUCGAUUCGAAUGUUGGAGGAAACUCGGUGCUUAGACUCAAUAGCAAUGGAAAUGUCAGCGUCUACAACAUGACUCUUACAAACAACUAUGUGUCACCAUCGACAUCUCCAUUGACAAGUUCCAUCGUGUUGUCACAACAAAACAAUCUUCAAUUCUAUAACUCCCAAAUUUCCAAUAACACCGGUACUCCCAUUACAUUCAGUUCAAAGAUGACUCUCUUCAUUAGUAACACUCACAUUAAUGGAAACAAUGCCCCAGUUUUCGGUGGUGCCAUCGUUGUAUUCUAUGGAACGUUGGCCAUCUCUAGCUCUGUUAUAUCAUCCAACUAUGCUCUUCUAGCAGGUGGUGGCGUUUAUAUUUUCGAUUCCUUAGGCCUCACCAUUGUCAACACCAACUUUUCAAGUAACGCUGUUAGUUUCAACGGUACCGGUAGUGCAUUGUACAUCAACAACAUCGAUACAAAAGUACUAAUAGUCGAUGUAACCUUUUCGGAUAAUUUAAACAACGACACAGUCAAUCCAGUCUACUGUGAUAGCUCAAGUGUUACAAUGAGUAACAUUACCUCGGCUGACGAAAAAUUACUCACUUGUGUAAGUGAAAAAGAGAGAUGUAAAUUCAGUGGUAACUACGAUAUAGCUGAAUCAUCUUGUCCUGCAAAGAGUGGACUUGGUUCUGGCGCCAUUGCAGGUAUCAUUAUCGGUUCUAUUGCUGGUUUACUACUUUUAAUUCUCGUUAUUUAUAUUUUAAAGAAGAGACAUCACAAUCAUCACAAAUACAAAAGUUAUAAUUAA